AUGAUCGGAAUUAAAACGGAUGCAUCACCGCCAGAUAAUAAAGCAGUAGACAACAAGCUUACUGGCGACAUACUCAAUCCACCCGCACAUGUCGUCCUGAUGCCGGAGCUGUCAAAUCCGACAGAGGGUGCGUUCGGGUCUCUCACAAACGGUACGCUAUCUGCAUCUGAAAAGCGUUCGAAGAUGCCGAAUGUAGCGUUCGGUAUGGUGUGUGGGAUUGCCGCAGGAUACGUAUGUGCCACAAUCGGCAGAUGGGUGAUAUUCCUCGUUGGUGUCGCCAUGAUUGGCCUCCAGUUCUUCGAGGUACCUAAGCAGCUCUUGAUAAACUGGGGACAAUUUGUGGACGGCGCUAAGUCUUUCCUUCAGCGAACUACAAAAUUCAAUCAAACCGCCACCAGCCUUUGUCGGGAGAAUCAAGUAUUCUUUGGAUCUUUUUGUGGCGGAUUCCUUAUCGGAUUGUCCUUCUUCUAA